UCAAUCGCUGGCUUUGCAGCGGCGUGUGGCCGCGCGAAGCACCAUGUUGCCCAUCAGCAAGAAACAGAUUGGGCGAGAUUGGAUGGAGUUCUUCACCAUCCUUGUUUGGGCCACCGUAAUCCUGAUUUUUGCAUGAUUACGCUGGAUCAUGUUUCUUGCCAAGCUGAAGGCAUUUCAGGACGUUCUGAUUGCCAUUAUUCUGGGCACGAUUAUGAUGGUGGCCAAUGCAGACUUCUUCUUUGCCCAUUUUCGAAUCUACAAGAACUACAUUGUGCUGAGGAGAUCACUCUUCAAGGACGUGGUUGGAGCCGCGGUGCUGGGGACUGGAUGCUUGGCAUUGCAUGGCUUGUGGCCCGAUGCAAAGGGACCAGGCAUCGCAUUGCACCUGGCGUCACUAGCUGCAUGGGUUGGUUGCGGUGUGCAAACCAAUCCGCUACUGUCAGCGGGCUUGUGGGCCGGCGGCCGAAAUCAGAUGAAUAAGGUGCAGCUCCUCCUGCGGAUCCUGGCACAGGUGGCUGGAUCGAUCAUCGCUUUUGCUGCCUUUGGCCUGUACUACUCGUUCCGCUUCCCUGGAGAAGGCCCUUUCAGUCACUUCUUGGGCCUGGAGAGCGCUUGUAGCGCUGGGGCCACCUUCCUUGCGACAGUAGCUCAUAUUCGCGUGCGAGAUGCCCAAUCUCAAAAGGAGUUGGCAAAAGUGUCCUGAGCCAAACCCGUCGAUUCAUGAUUAAUUCAUGGAAGGUACGGCACUUAGGAGAAACUAACAAACA